AUGCUGCUCUGGUUUCUGCGUGUGUCCCCAAGCGCCGCGGGGCUCCCCGGACUCCAGCCCCCAUCUCUCUACCCUAGUGUCGGGCAAGAGGCUGCCCUGCUAGGCCCCUGGUCCUGCUCUGUGCCCCUCCGCCUUCAUCCCGCCCACCUUCCCCAUGCCUUCUCGCAGCUCCUCCCCUGCCCGCCCCCUGCUCGUUGCCGACUGCGGGGCGGAGCCGAGCCGAGCCGGGCAGGCGCCUGCGGCGGCAGCGCGGAGGUAGGGCCGCGGCGAGCGGGGGUCCGGGCGGCGGGACGGGCUGGGCCAGCAGCGCCCGGUGGCUUCGUCCUACCUCCAAGUCUGCGCCCUUCGCUACGAACCAUCUUGCUGCUCUUCCCCCAGAGCUUUGCAGUCCCAGACCGUGGCAUGGCACCCGGGAAGCCCGGCAAGAGCACGGGGGCCUCGGAGGACCCUUCAGUGACACUGUUCCGGGAGUACCUGAAGAUCGACACCGUCCACCCCAAACCUGACUAUGAUGCAGCCGUUCGGUUUCUGGAGCAUGUUGGCACUGACCUGGGCUUGGCCUGCCAGAAAGUGGAGGUGUGCCAGGGCCAUGUGGUGCUGAUCCUGACCUUGCAGGGUACAAACCCCCGCCUGCGCUCCAUCCUCCUCAACUCCCACACUGACGUCGUGCCUGUCUUUGAGGAGCACUGGACUUACCCACCCUUCGAGGCUGUUAAGGACUCAGAAGGCAACAUCUAUGCUCGGGGUGCCCAGGACAUGAAGUGUGUCUCCAUCCAGUACCUUGAGGCCAUCCGGAGGCUGAAGGCAGAGGGAAAGUGUUUUCCCCGCACCAUCCACCUGACCUUUGUGCCUGAUGAGGAGGUGGGUGGACACAAGGGCAUGGAAAUGUUUGUGCAGCGCCCCGAGUUCAGAGCUCUCAACGUGGGCUUUGCCUUGGAUGAGGGCCUGGCCAGCCCGUCUGAUACCUUCAGUGUCUUCUAUGGUGAGAAGAGCCCAUGGUGGAUAAAGGUGAAGUGCGUGGGCAGCCCUGGACAUGGAUCUCGCUUCAUCAGCAACACUGCAGCUGAGAAGAUGCAUAAAGUCAUCACCUCCUUCCUGGCCUUCAGGGAGAGUGAGAAGCAGAGGCUCAAGUCCGACUCAAGCCUGACCCUAGGGGAUGUCACCUCGCUCAACAUGACCAUGCUGGAGGGGGGCGUCUCCUUCAACGUGGUGCCCUCCGAGAUGGCAGCCGGCUUCGACAUCCGCAUCCCACCUACUGUGGACCUGAAGGCCUUCGAGGAACAGUUAGCUUCAUGGUGCCGGGGUGCUGGGGAUGGCGUCACCUAUGAGUUUCACCAGAAAUGCAUGGACCAACAUGUCACCUCCACUGAGGAUUCGGACCCAUGGUGGAAAGCCUUCAGUGGGGUCUGCAGGGACAUGAAGCUGCAGCUCAAGCUUGAGAUCUUCCCAGCUGCCACUGACAGCCGCUACAUCCGAGCGGCGGGACACCCUGCCAUCGGCUUCUCUCCCAUGAACCGCACCCCAGUGCUGCUCCACGACCACAAUGAGUUCCUCAAUGAGCAAGUCUUCCUGCGGGGCAUUGACAUCUAUGCCCGCCUCUUGCCUGCCCUGGCAUCUGUGCCCCCGCUGCCUGCAGAAGGCUGAGUG